ACCCAAGCGCAACCCGUUGGCUGUGUGGCUUCUCUUCUUCUGCCCAAACCCAGAAGACAGCGGGGACGAGACGGAGCCGGGGAAUUGUUGGAGACUUCAAAAUCACCGAAAGAAAAUACAGCUUAAUAGAACCACCACUGUUGCUCUAGAGUACCUGUCACAUAUAUAUAUUUAAAAAAAAAUCUCUAUAUAUUUCCACAUUUGAACUAAUACGCAAGUAUGUCCUGGCAAGGCUACGUGGAUAACCUGAUGGCCGAUGGCAGCUGCCAGGACACCGCCAUUGUUGGUUACACGGACGCCAAAUACGUCUGGGCAUCGUUUCCCGGUGGUACAUUUGUUAACAUAACGGUUGAAGAAAUCGACAUCAUCGUAGGAAAAGACCGAGAAGCGUUCUUCUGCGGUGGGCUGACCCUAGGCCAAAAGAAAUGCUCCGUCAUCAGAGACAGCCUCCACACCGACGGGGACUGGACAAUGGACAUCAGGACAAAGAGUCAAGGAGGAGAGCCCACGUAUAACGUUUCCAUAGGCAAAGCCGGCAAAGCGUUGGUCUUAGUCAUGGGAAAGGAAGGUGUCCAUGGAGGACAGCUCAACAAGAAGGCGUUUACAAUGGCUGACUACCUGAGGAAGGCUGGAUACUAAAGCAGCAUCGGCCCAGCCACCUAGCAGCUCACCCAUAACACACACUUCCAGUUCUAGUUGGUAGUUGCUUACUUUUCUCCCCAGACCCUCCUUUUGUCCCCUGUCCCCCCCCCCCUCUUUUUUUGUGUUUGAUUCCCCUUUUCUCUUGUUCUUUCCCCAGUCAUCUUGAUGCAUUCACACUGUGUGUACUCAAUCCCAUUCUAGCACUGUUGCACCAUAGUGAGAAAAAAAAAUAUUAAAAAAAUAAAAAGAGCAUGUUGUUAACAGGACAUUGUGACAAAUCUAUACUUGUUUAAAAAAAAAACUUUUAAAAAACAACCUUGCACCAUUCUGGCCAAUGCUCAGUGAAAAAAAAAAAACUAAAAUAAGAAAAAAAUAAAGUGAAGGAAACCUAAAAUUGAUGAGCUGAGAUUUUGUGUGAUUGUCCCCCGGAAGUUCACUCUUGAGCAGCCGAUGCCUUUGGAGCACUUGAGCUGUAACCAAGCUCAUUGUCUUCCUUUUCUAGAGCAUGUUUUUUUUUUUUGUGGGGGGGUCAUGCAUAUCUUCGAGGCUACUGAAAUACUGUUGUUCCCUCUGCCCCCUCCCUGUAACUCCUGCCAAAUGUCUGUAGCUCCUUCCCCCUCUUCCUGUUUGUCCAUAGGUGACACUACAUCAGUACGCGGGGGGAACACUCCAUUAACCAAUCACUACACCCUAAAGUCCCCUGUAUCUCCCUCUCUGAGCCACACUACUCUACCGGAUGGGGGGGGGUGCACUUCAAUGCAGUCAUGGCAGGCUUAUCAGUUCUGGUAUUGAUUGAGUCAGAAGGCAAAACCGACAUGGUUGAUGCAGGCAGAAUCUCUUCCAUGUCCUCUUCAUGACUACAUGAACCCCAUCAUGGACAUUCCAUCGUUACAAUGGCUCAGACACUUAACUGUUUGCCAGCUCCUGUAAUGCAUUUCCUUUAUUUUUAAAGGCUGCCAUUUUGGACAGUAGAUACAUCCAGUUUGACAUUUUUCAUAGGACCAAUUUUAGUGACAGCUUUGGGUAUAUAUACAAUUGCUCUAAAUCAUUGUGAAGGAUGCCUUCUAGCCUCCUCUUUCCCGCUGAAGGCAAAACAACACUAAUGUAAAACCACAUCUUUCUGUUGAAGGCAAAAGGGAGGGAGGGUUUGCGGUGGAUGAAAUCGAGCGGUCAUAAGUUGACAACUUCCGAUUUUUUUAUUUUUAUUAAAGAAAUGAAUUACUGCAUUUCUAAACUCAUGCUGUGUGAAGAAACGACUGUGGAAUAAAUGGCCUUGUACUCGUGUUCAACUAAGAUAUGGUAUCUUUUCAAGCUCUGUACUUAAAUGUAAUGUCCAAUUUGAAAAGAACUUUAAAAAAAAAUAUAUAUAAAGUAGAAAUUACACAAUUGAAAUGGGAGACGGGAUUGGUUGGAAUAAAAACUCUUUGAUUGUCUUGUGGAAACUUGUAUACCAAAGCUGUGUAUCCUGUACCAUAAUGUUGAAACAUCGAUUUCUAUUGUAUAAUGGAUUUUUAACAGCUGCCCAGGAAGGAGUCAUUUCAUUGGCACUUUUUUUUUUUUUUUUUUUUUUUUGCAUCAGUGCCAAUGUUCAGGCCUUGUGGGGUGUGUGUGUGUUCUAAUUAAACUUAAUUUGCUGACUUUCUUUCCCGACACUUCUUUUCUUAAACUUGGGAUAGUCUCUUUAACACUUCAUAUGCAUAAACCAAGAAAUGCCAUACAUUAAUUUAUCACCUUGUUUACAGACAGAUCAAAUAAAUCAAUUCCAACCAGA